UCUGGUGUUGAGCGAUUUGCGACUGGAGCCGUCCAGCCGAUCUGGCCCGAGCGCCUGACGUGCCGGGCCAGGAGCUCUCGAGACCAUCUGUGAGCUGGCCACCCACGACAACAUUCAUCGCGACCUCCCCCACCUCUCCCCUCUACCCCUCCGAGGCAGCUCACCAUGCUGCGCGCCUCUCUUUUAAGAGCCCGCCCAGCUCUGAGGUCAAUUGGGCCCGUCGCUCGCCCGCAAUGGCGCGUCGCCCAGCGCUUCUUUGCCGACGAGAAAAAACUGGGCGAGUCCGCCAUCCCUAAUCCCGCUCCGUCGGCCACGCCCUCCAAUCCGUCCCCUACAACUCCUCCCUCCGAUGUCCCUAAGCAGCCUCCCCCCGCAGAGACAGGACGCUCUGCCCCAGUUGUCCAGCCCGCAACCACACCCCCGACGGGCACGGGAUCCGCCAGCGUAGCACCUGACCCGAAGCCUCCUAAACCAAAGAAGCGGCGAUUUCGCCGGUUUCUGAUACAGUUGUUUCUCCUCUCAGCUCUAGGAUAUGCGGGCGGGGUGUACUACUCGCUCGUCUCUGACACCUUCCACGACUUGUUCACAGAGUAUAUUCCCUUUGGCGAGGAUGCAGUAGGCUACUUCGAAGAGCGUGAGUUCCGGAAACGGUUCCCCGGUCGGGCAGGCCAGUCGCGGCUGCAUCCACAGGUUAGGGGAGAAAACAAGGUCACCAUUCCAGGCAAGCAUGGGCUUACGUCGAGGGUUUCCGAGGAGGAAGGCGCAACUGAUUUGGCGGCAAGAGGACCCCAUAUUAGCGCGCUAGCGGACAACAAACCGAGGGCUACUCCAGAAGGAAAGGGCGACCCAAAGGUUGCUACUAAUGCCCCGUCAAAGGGUGCACAGGAGAAGAGGCAGGAGGAUAUACAAAAGGAGAAGCCCACCGAGUCUGUGUCUCACGAUUUGCUCCCCAAGGCGGCCGCUAAGAGUGAACCGAAGAAGGAGGCUCCCGCUCCCGCUCCCGCUACUUCACCUACCCCCAUUGCCCCGCUUGACCACCUUGCGGUUCCAGCCGUCGGUGAGCCGGUUGUACAGGAUGUUAUCAGGAUUGUCAACGACAUCAUCACCGCCAUCAAUGCCGACUCCUCGCACGGCGGCAAGUACAGCUCUGCUCUGGACAAGGCUAAAUCGGAACUCGGAAAGGUCGUCUCGGAUAUCAACAUGCUGAAGGAUAACCUACAAAAGUCGGCCGAGGAAAAGAUUAGAACCGCCCACUCCGAAUUCGACAGUGCGGCAAAGGAGCUUAUUCGUCGUCUGGAGCACCAGAUGCAGGAUCAAGAGACGCAUUGGAAAGAAGAGUAUGAGAAUGAGCGCGAACGACUUUCCGAAUCAUACAGGGAGAAGCUCCAAUCCGAGCUUGAUAGUGCCAAGAAGGUCUACGAACAACGCCUGAAGAAUGAACUCCUAGAGCAAAGCAUCACGCUCCAACGAUCAUUCGCCUCCUCUGUCCGUGACCGCGUCGAAGCCGAACGCGAUGGCCGUCUCGGGAAGCUCAACGAGCUGUCGUCUUCAGUCCACGAGCUUGAGAAGCUAACCGCCGAAUGGAACUCCGUGGUCGAUGCAAACUUGCAAACCCAGCAUCUUGUCGUAGCCGUAGAAGCCGUUAAGUCCACCCUCGAAAACCAGGUCACCCCAAAACCCUUCAUCACCGAGCUCGCCGCACUAAAGGAGAUUGCCGCGGAUGAUCCCGUCAUCAGUGCUGCAAUCGCUAGCAUCAGCCCAGCCGCCUACCAACGUGGUAUCCCCAACGCUGCACAGCUUAUCGACCGUUUCCGACGUGUGGCUCAAGAAGUCAGGAAGGCUUCUCUCCUGCCUGAAGACGCCGGCGUUGCAUCCCAUAUCGCCUCCCUCGCCAUGUCAAAAGUGCUCUUCAAGAAAUCUGGACUGGCUGUCGGCCAAGACGUCGAGGCCGUUCUUGCACGAACCGAAGUCCUUCUCGAAGAAGGCGAUCUCGACGGUGCUGCACGAGAGAUGAAUGGACUUCAAGGGUGGGCAAAGGUGCUCAGCAAAGAUUGGUUGAGCGAAUGUAGGAGGGUGUUGGAGGUUAGGCAGGCGCUGGAUGUUAUUGCUACGGAAGCACGACUGCAGAGCCUGCUUGUAGACUAGACAGGAAGAAUGGCGACUUCCUGACAAUUGCUCUUUUUCUUUCUUUUGUGUAUGUAUGUAGCUGUAUCACUGUUGUAGCUUAUAGAAACACAAGUUUUGUUUUCUGGUCAA